AUGUUAUACGAUUCUUCAGAAGAUUGCUGUCUCCCUGAAAUACCGAUAUUGGGCAAUCGAGAAGCUUCAUUCAAUCUCAGUUGUUCUCCGGACGAUGUACUAUGGCCUAAUACGGUAGAAAGUGUGGGUAUUAUCAAUGAGCCCAUUGAUUACUCGUACCUGUCGCAAGUUCAGGAUAAUCUCGAAACCUCACCAUCAUCAAAGAGCAUAUCAUCAUCUUCCGCAAACUUACCAACUACACUCCCAGUAUCUAGUUCAGAAAGAUCAGCAGAUUUCCAUCAGAGAAGAGUCGAAGAAUAUACAAAGGAAGGAUGGCAUGAGCUUUUGCGUACUCCCUCCCGUGAACCAUCUGGAAUACGAAAACUUCGGCAAAAAGAGAUACAGCGUAUAAUCGUUUUACGAUCAAGCGCUGCUUAUCUCAAACUGCAAUAUGGUGAACAUCAUACGGCAGCUUCAUUGGCUUACGAGCGUGGGGAUGAGGCAAUCGAGCCUUGUUCUUAUUGUAGGAGGGAAGAUAGGGGGACAUUUAAAAACUGUGUUGUUAUGCCAGGUAGAUUCUCCGGAGCUUGUACCAAUUGUAAAUUUGUCAAUAGGGGUUCCCUCUUUACAUUACACAAUAAAAAUGCAGUGAAAAGCCAAUCAUCAUCUCAAUCCUCAUCCCCCUCAGAGCCAUGCACGAAGAUAAAUCCUUCCUCAUCUCCCUCAGAGCCACCCAUCAAUAUCACUCCCUCCUCUCGAUCCUCAUCUCCGUUAGAGUUAUGA